UCAGUGGAUUUCUGCCACGUGGCGAGUCUCCCUGGGCUCUCCGGAGACAUCCAGAGAGUUCAGAGCAACGGGAGGGUGUGGAGGUUCCUGCCGAUGAUGGAUCCCCUCGUUGACAUCUUUGUGUCCAGAGACUCAGAUUCCCCGCUCUCAGAGCGGGAGGCAGCAGCCGUGAAGGAGUGGCUGGAGAGCAAAUAUAUCUUCCAUGCCAUGAGGGAUCAUCCCCAUCAUUGGGAACCUGCAUUCGCCGGUCUUUGGGGCGCAAAGGUGUCACAGAACAGAGGUCACGUUCAACAUUUGGGGAGGAAGCUGAUAUUUGAGAGUGGACGCAGCAACAACGACGGCUGGGAUCAACAACUCCUCAAGAAUGUCUUGUGGCCGGAAGCCCACCAAGAUUUCUUGGUGCACGCCAGCUUCCACUGCGACAAGUUCGGCGACGGAGAGACGAGGGCUUUCCCGACUCGCCGACCAGGUGGCUUCUGGCUCGGCUCGGGCACCCGACAUCCUCCCAUCUUCGACGAGUGCCCGCUCAAUUGCAGACCGAAGGAACAUCCCGAUUGGACGACAUGCUGAGGUGAAACUCAAGAGAGUCUCACUGCCCGAAUGGAUAUUCUAGCCCCGACCGCGUAAGACAUUGCCAAAAAAUAAGCGAGUGAGCUACGCAAUAUGUUAUGACGUGAUGCAACAGUUCACAUUUUCACCUUUCGCCAAAUAAAAUAUCGGACG